CGAGGACUGCAGAUAGUUUUCGACUGUAUGCUGUUCUGCCCAUCGUGUGCCAACUUACUCGUCAUCUCAGCCGACACCGGCCUCAACAAAUGGGCGUGCAACACCUGUCCCUAUGACUUCCCAAUAACAAAUCAGAUGACAUCGCGUGAAUGGCUCCAGCGCAAGGCUGUGGAUGAUGUCCUGGGUGGGGACGCAGCGUGGAACGACGCGGACUCCACGACCGUCGCAUGUCCCAAAUGUGACAAUGAUCGUGCAUACUUUUAUCAGCUUCAGAUUCGUUCCGCGGAUGAGCCUAUGACGACGUUUUACAGAUGUACGACGUGCACUUACCAAUGGAGGGAGGGUUGAGCUUGCAUCUGCCUAUUUUACGAGUCUGUUAUAUUCGUGUUGACGCGGGUGCACUUGGACUGCACCCGCAGCUCUUCAUAGUUCCUGUCUCAAACGAGAAGGCACAGAAACGACGGAAGAAGCUUGAUGAUCAGCUAAAAAGGAGGGACGAGAUGCGAUGUUCAGCAGCCAUCAACACCGCCUUUCAGAGUCAACGACAACCGUUGUCUUGUGGAACGACGCGUAUUGCCAAAAAGAAGUAUUUCUGGCUUCUUCUGCGUGUCUACUCUGGCUCGCCUGUGCUGUUGCAUAUGUGCUUCUCUUUAACAAGAUCAGGACUGCACCCGUGUGACCUUGGAGCGCGACGGACUGUGGUAUCUUGGACGCGUUCUAUCAGUUGCCAUCCCGCUUGUGUCUGAUUAUGGAGUUACAUGAGAAUUUACUUGCUGCGACAUCGGGCAUACUGGCGAUCAAGUUGUUAGACUAUCAAGGAGGAGCACCAGUAUAUAAUGCUGCCUCUGGGGCUAAUGGCUACCGGCAGUUGAGUUGAUCUCUUCGCAUUUCUCUUCGUGUUCGUUUCGCCGUCGCCUUUAUCUUCUCCUCACGUCGACUCUGCGAGUCUCUUUCGUCAAGACCUUUUACAAUGUUCU